GAGUCUGUUUUUGAUUGAAUCCAAGGGUAACUCUCCCCUCAUUUCUGCUGUGGCAAUUACGACUGUAUUCCUCGUAUUUAUCUGCACCCAAUGAAGAUUUUUAGUUUCUGGAUGAUUAUUGAACUUGUUAUUUCUACUUUUUAAGUGUGAAUUAAUCAUGUUCUUCCUUUCAAUCCGGUUGAAAUUUUGUUUCUGGGUUUAACUUGGAUGAAUUUGCUGUUGACGACACCUCCAUUGUGUUUUGGUUUAAGCUACCUGGUAGCAAUAUUGGGAUUAAGAGUUUUCUUUGGUUGGUUUACUCUAAUUUCAUUCUUGUAGCUGGACUUGGACAUGACGUGAUUUAGUAUUUUUAGAUAGAGUUAUGACAUGAAAUCAAUUAUCGAUGUUUCUUCUACAGAUUCAUAAACAACAAAAGCAAGCAACAAUUUCUGUGAUGGAUCAAGAAACAGUACUCCCACCUCAUGUGUUGAUAUUCCCGUUGCCAUUACAAGGCCCUGUGAACUCCACCAUCAAGCUAGCCGAGCUUCUUUGCCUUUCGGGUCUCCACAUCACCUUACUUCUCACUCAUCACAUCCACACCAGACUCCUCAAAUACUCAAAUAUACAGUCCCGUUUUAGCAGCUACCCAGGUUUCCACCUAGAAACCAUACCUGAUGGCCUUCCAGAAGACCAUCCUCGCUCCAUUGAUCGCUUUAUCGAAGUGUUGGAAUCUUUAAAAACCAAAAGCAGUAUCCUCUUCAAAGAUCUGCUGACCUCAGGCAAACUAAGUUCAGAUUCACGCAGACCAGUAACUUGUAUAAUUGCAGAUGGAACUAUGGGGUAUACCUGUGAUGUAGCUAAUGAAAUAGGAAUACCCAUUAUGUAUAUUCGUACAAUCAGUGUUUGUUGCCUGUGGGUUUUCUUCUGUCUUCCCAGCCUCAUUCAAUCCCGUGAAUUACCAUUCUCAGGAGACGACUUGGAUACACCCAUAAAGAACAUACCAGGCAUGGAAGAAUUCUUGAGACGCCGUGAUCUUCCAAUGUUUUGUCGUUUCAACCUGUCAGAUCCAAAUGUCCAAACCUAUCUCUCUGAAGGUACAGAGAACCCAAGAGCUCAUGGGCUUAUACUCAACACUUUUGAUGAUUUAGAGGGUCCAAUCGUCUCCCAAAUACGCACUUUCUGUCCAAAUUUAUACACCAUUGGUCCACUACACGCUCAUCUGAAGCUCAACCUAGAAUCCUUCUCCUCGUCACCGCCAUCUUCGAACAGUCUGUGGAAAGAAGACAUGAGCUGUAUUCCAUGGCUGGAUUCACAACCACCAAAAUCCGUGCUGUAUGUUAGCUUUGGAAGUCUUGCUGUAAUGACAAAGGAGCAAUACAUGGAGCUCUGGUACGGGUUGGUGAAUAGUGGUUCCCGUUUCUUGUGGGUCAUACGGCGACAUUCAGUCCUGAGUGAUGUCACUGAAAUCCCACCGGAACUUUCCAAAGGCACGGAGGAGAGAGGAUGCAUUAUUGAGUGGGCUCCGCAAGAGAAGGUGUUGGCCCACGGUGGUGUGGGUGGGUUUUUGACACACAGUGGAUGGAAUGCGACGCUCGAGAGUGUGGUUGAAGGUGUGCCGAUGAUUUGUUGGCCUUACUUUUUGGAUCAACAGGUGAAUAGUAGAUUUGUAGGGGAAGUGUGGAAGUUGGGUUUGGAUAUGAAGGAUACGUGUGAUAGAGUGAUUGUAGAGAAGAUGGUGAGGGAAUUGAUGGAGGAGAGGAAGGAUGAGUUUAGGAAGUCGGCGGAGGAGAUGGCGAAACUUGCAAAACAAUGCUUCAUGGAAGGUGGAUCGUCUUAUUGUAAUUUAGAACGUCUAAUUAAUGACAUCAAAGCAAUGUAAAAAAAAAACUGUUGAAAUUAAUUCGGUAAUGAAAUCCCAAAUCAUUCAUAAAUCCCCAACAAAUGGUAUUAUAUCAGAAUUUGGUUUUACAUCUAGAAGUGGUAUCAUCCUUCGCUUGUAAUCUAAUAUGACAUCAAUGUUGAAUUGUUGA